AAGCUGGGCCCUGGCUGGCGGGCGCUCACCACGUCCGUGCCCAUGGCCAUAGAGGGGCAGGCCGUCGAGCCCCCCAAAAAGAAAGCGAAGAAGGCCAAAGACCUGCCGAAAGAUGAUCGCCAAAUCCAUUUCCGCAAUUACAUUCCGCGAACGCCAGACCUGCGGGAUUUUUGCCUGCCCAGGAUCACCUCUGCAGACAUCGAGGCAGAGAUUGACAAAGAGAUCCAGGAGGCCAUUGCGGCUGCUGAGGAUACCGAUGCAGUACUGGCCAUAGCCCCGCGGAAACCGAACUGGGACCUGAAGCGGGAUGUUGAGCGGAAGAUGCACACGCUGGCGGCUCGUACCGACCGUGCUGUCGUGCAGCUAAUUCGUCAGCGCAUCAAGAAGGAUGAGGGCGGAGAGGCCAAUCUCGAAGACAAGAAGUAAAUGCCAAAAAAUGGAGGCGCGUGUGGUUUCACCGCUUGUGAGUAGCACGCGACACCGCGCAUCGACCAAAUAGCUCUGGGGAAAAUG